UUCAGUGCUAAGAACUCGAGUGAGUGUUUUCACUGUUGUGUAUGGAAUUAACAUCAUCGACAUGAAGGUUUCGUUUCUAAUCGCUUGCACGCUGGCACUCCUCUCCAGAUACAAAGUAAAAUCAGCGGCGGCCGUGAAAGCACCACUAGACAUAAUCACAUUAGAAGACUUAACGCACGAAGACCGAAAACAACUGGAGUAUCUCAACGAGAGGGAGAAACGAUCCGGCAGCUACGACAUACUGAAUUCACUAAAAACGGCGAUCGGUAACGGAAUCAAGAAGAAAAUCGGACAAAUCGCGAAGAGUUCAGCUUCAGCUUCUGGACAUUUCAGCAGCAGCAGCAGUGGAAGCACCGGGCAAGGAUACCAGCCCAUUGAAACUUACGACAAAAAAUCAUUUGAUUUUUGGUCGCUAAAAAAAUCAAUAUUGAAUACGCUAUUGCAGGCAGUUAAAGCGAUUAAAGGAGGAGUGAUAGCGAUUAAAGGUCAACUUAUAAAAGGAAGCGGCCAUUUAAUAUCGGCCAAAGGCAAACUCAUAACGUCGAAAGGCGAAUCCAUUACAAACCUUGGAAAGAACAUUGCCGCUUCCGCCUUGCUGGUCCCGCACGGACAAUCCGCACACGGAUACGCAGAACCGGCGCAUCAAGUACAUUAUGACCAUGCACAUGGUGGAUACCACGAUUACCACGGAUCACCAUCCGCCCCAGGACCAGAAUACGAAAUUCCGGAAAGCUACCACAAUCAACAUCAUGACGAGACACACAACGGACAUUCAGGAAUACUCUUACUCAAGAAAAUACCUAAUGAUGGCAGAGACUUUAGUUCCUCACAUACUUCAUCAGUGAUUGAAAAAGUUCCCAGUUUCAAACCUCUUGAAUCAUCCGGUCCCAGUUUUACAACCAUCUUUGGUAAAUUCUUCAAAGCUUCUACAUCCUUAAAUCCCCAAGAACCAAUUGCUUUCGGAAACAGUGCUCCUUCGCAUGAAGAGUCGCAUGUUUAUCACGACGAGGGACGUGACAUACAUCAUGACCAUCAUGAUCAUCUCGAUCACCACAGCCACCAUGAUCAUCUCGAUCAUCAUAGUCAUCAUAAUCAUCAAAGCUCCGAAUUGCAUUAUUCCAAAGAUGAAUCCUCAAUUGAUAUAAAACCACCUUCAAGUAGUUACGGAAGCCCGUUCGAAUCUGAACCCAGUUACUUAAGCGAAUAUUCCGCCUCUAGUUCGAAACAUCAUCCGGUUAUCGUGAAACAUCCAAAUUCAAUUCCAGACCAAUCAUCAUCGCUGUCGACGAAAGAGCCGAAUAAAAAUACAGCGUCAUUAGAAUCAAUUGAAGAAUUGAAAGCUCCAGAACCCACCAAUUCAGUACUUUCCAGCGAACAGAUCUUCUAUGCGCCAUCAAAAUUGCCUCUUAAUCUUGACGACUUGCCAAAUAUCGAAAGCUUCCCGCCAUAUCCUGGUGAAUUGCCCCCUGAGUUUAUCGCUAAAUAUGGAAAGCCCAGUCCAACAAAAUUAACUCCUUCAUCCCACAAAGGCCCAACUAUUUUCUUGCCCACCCCAUUAGGAAAUGGAAUUCCUGCAACAGCUUCGUCACUUUACGGACAAAAAAUUAGACCGAACCAACAGCAACCAUUUAUUAACAGACCAACAGUAAUGACACUGACAAACAAGCCAUUCAAUGCAGAAAUUGUUAGAUCUAUAUCGUUUGAACUUGGACCAAACGGACCUAAAAGACUGACAUAAAACUGUAAGGAAACUACCAAUAUCAAUACUAUGAACAACAGUAUGACCCGUUUUAUUAAAUGUAAAUCAUCCUCGUCAUCUGUAUAUAAAUUCUCCUACUUCUUGUAAAUAGCAUGUAGAGAUCAUUUCCAUGUAUCUAGCCAUAAUAUGUCUCAUAUUAGGUUUAAUUUAGUCAGUAAGUAGUUACGUCCAAGAAAAAAUGGAAAACUAUUUAUAUCUUUUAAGAAACGUACCAUAUAUAGUCAUUAAUUUAUUAUUAUAAAAAUGUUUUA